CUAAUAUUAAAUGAACACGUACUUUCCUUUGGAUUCGCUAUCGAUGGGACGUGAGGCUCAUUUUGCAUUCGCAUCGUUCGUGGAAGCAUGGGGUUGGAGAACUUCGGCUUGGUGAAGGUGGCGAAGGAAUCGAGCGCAGUGUACAAGGACGAAUGCGUCCUCUCCUUCGACACGCCGUUCACCAAAGGCGGGCUCUACACGAACCUGAGCACGUUUGAAUCGUUUGGUGAACUCCACCUUGCUGACGACAUUGCCAAGACCAAGCAAAAGGUGUACCUCCAUCAGCAAUUUGUCCGCACGGGAGUUAAGAAGCAGGUGCUGGAGGAAGUCAACAAGAUGGCCAUCGGCGUCGACGGUGGUUUCAAUGACGACCAAGUUGAAGUGAACAAGACGCAGACUGUUGUGUUUUUCGAGGGCGAGGAAAAACGCUCGUUCGAGUUGACGGAUCCAUCCCUUCCUGCCUUGAUCCGCGAUUCCGUGAAAUCUGUGCUGAACCAUCAAGGGAACUAUGUCACGGAGCAGGUGAAAAGUUGGCAAGAGGAGAUUGCCGUGUCCCAGUAUGCAUUCGACCUGAUUCAACUGCCAAAAGAAGACUGCGCUCCGAUUUCAGGCAAUCCUUCAACAUGGGUGUGCAGCAGUAAAACUUGUGACAAGAAGGAAAAUCUGUGGAUGAACCUUUCUGACGGUUAUGUCGGGUGUGGUCGCCGCAACUUUGACGGCUCGGGUGGAUGCGGCGAAGCUUUGAGACAUUUUGAAGACACGGGACGGAACUUCCCGCUCGCGGUUAAGUUGGGCACCAUUACUCCUGCCGGAGGAGGCGACGUGUACAGCUAUGCUGAAGAUGACAUGGUGCUUGAUCCAAACCUCGCAGCACACUUGCAUCAUUUUGGCAUUAAGGUGGACGAACUUACAAAAACGGAAAAGACAAUCAACGAAUUGAACGUGGAGCUCAACAAGAACUGGGACUUUGAUUCGAUCAUGGAAGAAGGCAAAAAUCUCGAGCCAAUUUCUGGACCGGGAUACAUUGGCCUUGUGAACUUGGGCAACAGUUGCUAUGUGAACUCGGUCCUUCAACUCUUGGCGGCAUUGCCCGAAGUUCAAGAGCGAUACUCCAACCCAACAACACCGGUUGCGGCAUCUCCUGCGACGGACUUGUCGACCCAGUUUGCAAAGUUGGUCAAAGCUCUGCACUCGGAUCGAUAUGUUGGCGAGGAACUGCGACCACUCAUGCUUCGGUCCGUGGUGGGCAAGAACCACGCCGACUUUUCGUCGAACCGACAGCAAGAUGCGGUGGAGUACCUUCAACAUCUCCUAGACGCCCUCGAGGCCGCGGAGGAGAGAGGUUCGUCGUCGUCGACAACAAAGCCGCUGUUUACGUUCUCCAUGGAAGAUCGCCUUGAAUGCACUACUUCUCGUCAGGUGAAAUACGUGCAUCGCAGAGAAAACUUGUUGCAGCUUGCAAUUCCUCUCGAUGCAGCCACCAACGCUGACGAAGUGCAAGAAUUCAAGCGCCAAAAACUCGAAACGGACCUCGAGAACAAACAAGGUCGCCAGAAACCGGUCGUCCCCCUCGUGCCAUUCGACGCGUGCAUUCACGAAGCGUUUGCACCGGAGCUCCUCGACGGGUUUUACUCGACGGCGUUGGGACGCAAGGGCCCUGCUACGAAGACGACUCGCUUCCAGACAUUUCCCAAGUAUCUGCUGGUGCAAAUGCGGCGAUACUACGUGUCGGACGACUGGACCCCAAAGAAAAUGGAAGUGUCGGUACCAGUGCCAGAAUCGUUGGACUUGUCGUCGUUCCAAAGCACGGGCAAACAAGCACACGAAGUGCUAUUGCCGGACGGUGGCGAUGCUGCGACGUCCGCACUGGCGGCUCUCGAACCCGAUGCAGCACUGGUAGCUGAGCUGGUGGCGAUGGGAUUUUCCGAAAACGGAUGCAAGCGAGCUGCAUUGGCAACGUCGAACGCAUCAACUGAAGUCGCGAUGGAAUGGAUUUUGACCCACAUGGAAGAUGCCGACUUCAACAGUCCUGUGGUACCUGUGACUCGUGGCAGGUCGUCCAGCGACGGCCCGUCUGCCGACGUGGUUGCGAACUUGACGAUGAUGGGUUUCAGCGAAGUCCAAGCGAAGUGUGCCUUGGACCAGACUGGGGGCAAUCCAGAUUUGGCCGCCGAAUGGCUGUUUAGCAACAUGGACGACCUCGAGUCCAAGGUUCGAGACUUCGAGCGCAAGCAAAAUACCUCGACAUCCGACGAAGACAUCAAAUCCAAGUGGGAGAGCGUGAGCCAUGGCGAGUACGAAAUGGUUGGGUUUGUGAGUCACAUGGGGAACAACACGCACAGCGGCCAUUACGUGGCCCACAUCAAAAAGGACGAAAAGUGGAUCUUUUUCAACGACGCCAAGGUCGCGAUCUCGGACACUCCGCCGUUCGGUGCAGGGUACAUGUACUUGUUUCGUCGGAAAUAGAGGUGUUCGUAUCCAUCCUUCUUGCUUGAUGCCAUUCUAUAGAUGCACUAGAGGCACUCAUGGCAUACCCGGUUGCGUCGACGGUGGCCACGCAUGCCUUCUGGAC